GCCAUCACUCCCUGCGUAUAUACAGCAUGCAGCAUCGAAUCAGUAAUAACCGGGGAAACUAAAGAACUAUAAACACUAAUCUUAAUUUCCCUCAAUAUUGGUCUCUUCACAACCCAUAUUGCUGUAGCGAACGUUGGCUCAGAAUUGGAAUUAUUGUUUAAAAAUGCAAGCAGUUAAUCCUAAGAAAAAUCCGAAUUAUGUCCAUAUCGCUGAAAUUUGGAAGGACCACGUACGCCAUGAAUACCAAGCAUGGAGGAACUGGCCUGAAAGAUGGGGCUUCAUCAUUAAGGAGUAUGCUAGAAUGAACAACCGUCUAAGAGGAGAGCUGGUCUCACCGGAUCCCGAAGACAAGUACUUUUACGAUGACUGUAAAACAGAGAGUUCUGAUGUGAGCCCCGACGAUAGUAUUUCCCGCCAAUUUCCAUCUGACAAAUCAGUUCCAUCCUCCCUGUCGGGCGCUAAACUCAAACGAUCAUCAGCGUACAGCAACCUCCCGAAUAUCAUCAACGGGACGUCAUGGAAAGACAAGCGGUCAUCGAGCUCGACACUUGAUGAGACUGUUAUCGAUGCCACCGAAAUCGAUAUCGAUAAGUCAAAGUCCGAGAAGUUACCGGCGAUCAAACCCGCACCACCAGCUGGCUACGCCCGCACAACGGCUUCUCUUAUUGGUUGGAAACAAGGAAACAAACUGGAGACAUUUGGGCGUGCACCUAAUGCAAGAGGACAUCAAGGCAUUUUGAAGCAAUUUAAUUGGCCAAUGCAAGGAAUCAUGUGACCUGCUAUAUGGCGCCAUUAACAUGGUUGAGCCUAUGUCAUGUGCGUGCUUAACCAGAAUCGCUUUUUUUUUCUUUUUUACUCCAUGAAACAAUGCGAUUUUUCGUCUUUCUCUCGAGCAAUAAUACUUCGUCGGAGAAAAUAAAGGCAACAAAACUUACAUAAUUAUAUGCCUAUUAAAAUAAUUCAUGAUCAUGAUACGGUAUGAACAACCUAUGUACGAUGAAACAAAGGAGCAAAAUGAACUCCAAUAAUAUUAUUUUAUAUGUGUAUGUCAUUAGAGAAAUUGAACAAUGCUACCUUUUGUAGAAUAGGAUUUGGAUUGACAUUAAAAUAUUUAUCAAAUCAGCAAAUACAUUCUAAUUCAUGUCUAAAUGAAGGAAUGAAGCUAUUCUGAUCACGACUCUAAAUUGAAAACAUAAAGAGGUAUUAUUCGCUUUUUGUUUGUG